GGAGAAAGAAGCUGGGCUAGGAAAAGCUCCCCACCUUGACCUCCAGCAGUGCAUGCACGCGGCUGUGGCCCAACGGCUGUGGCGUCCACACCCAGACAUUGUCUUCCAGGUUGACAGGGGUCAAGACUCACAGGCUGCGGCAGAGCCAGGGCCCAGGCUGGCCUUAUGAGCCCGUCCACGCACGCCAUCGUCGGGAACCUGUGCUGUUGAUGCCGUCGAGACCGGCUUCGACCAUGCCCCGUCUGCAGAAGGGCGUAUUUGCCAUCGCGUUUUACCUUGUGAUCGGUGUGUGUUACCUGGCAAUAUCCUCGCCGCGCAAUUGUGGCACUCGCGACUUGGUAAACGUUUCGAGAGGCAUUCGAGGCAGGAAAGCUCUCUAGGGUGUUUACAAUUUAUGCGGGGUUGGUAUGCUGUAUGUGUGGAUACGGAGGCGGUUUGCAUGGUUUGCAAUCCGAUUCUUCCCACUCUCUUGGGAGUUGGGAUGAUGGGCCCUUCUUUCUCAACCCCCGCCUCCCCCCAUCCCAUGUUCAGGCCAGGGACUGCCUGGCUCCAACUUGAGGCCCAGUACCAUGAAGUGCCGACAGUCAACGGUUUUUCUUUUUUCCCGCAAUUGUUUGUUUGUGGGGCAGAGCUGCGCUGCCGACAAGGCACCAAGGAACUGCUCGCAAUCGUAACUGUAAAUUUGGAAUCUGAAUGGGAAGGAGCCCUAGAGCAUAAUGACCUCGAAGGGCGGCGGCCACCCCACCAUCUAUCUCCCCUUGACACUAGCGCAAGGAAGGCGCCGCCUUCCAGGCUGGUGGUUGCGUCCCUCAGGGCAGGGCGGGGUGCGAAAUCAAGUCAGCUGAGAUUGGGAAGAAUGGCUCGCAAGUUCCAGGCUGCUUCCUCCAUUUGCAUCCAAGACCCAAAAUCGGUGGAUCUCUCAAGCUUUUCUGUCCGAUUCCACGGGCUUGCUCCCUCUACGGCAGCGUGGGAGGGGCCUUUUUUUUUUUUUUUUUUUUUUUUCCUUUUUUCUGCCUUGUCCAUGAAGCCAUCGCCGCGAUAGCUCAAGCUCUCAGCAGAAUGCAGGCGCAGAACCGCCUAGAUAUCCCAAGACGACCCUCGCAACGAACGAACCGGCAUGGACCUCCCGAGGGCGUGCGGCGGGGCGGCUUCGGCUCGCCAGUGGAGAGAAUAAGCUGGAAACAG